AUGACUUUGAAACCCUUUACCUACCCGUUUCCAGAGACAAGGUUUUUUCAUGCAGGAUCCAAUGUGUAUAAAUUCAAAAUCAGAUAUGGCAACAGUAUCAGAUUGGCUGAGAUUUGCCAACAUUCACGUCACCUCAAAUCUCCUUUUCAGGAUUCCAUCCGUGCAGUCUUGGGAAACUUGGACAAUCUGCAGCCAUUUGUUACGGAGCACUUCAUUGUAUUUCCCUAUAAAAGCAAAUGGGAGAGAGUUUCCCACCUGAAAUUCAAACAUGAGAAGGUCAUCUUGGCUCCUUACCCGUUUGUUUUCACUCUCUAUGUAGAGAUGAAAUGGCUUCACGAAAAUCUGUCACCAGGGAAGUCAAUCAACAACACUUCUCCUGGAUUGGUAAGUUUGCCUUCUGAGAAGAAAGCAGCAGAAGCUACAAUGAGGAAACGAAAACUAUCAGAGGAGCCCGGUUCCCCCAGCAGGCCAGAGCCGCACAGGGCCAAGAUGGAGACUUCCAGCCAAGGCCUGAACAAAAAGAAGCCCCCAGUGAAAUCCAGGAGGAACAGGGAAAGAGAAACCCAGCAGGAAUGGCAGGAGACCCCAGCCUUUGAUAUCCCUGACAUCCAGGAACAAGCUUCUAAGUGGGGAUACGGCCUGCCAGAGCCAAGCGUCCCGUCAGUGCUGCAGAACGCCCCUCCUCCACCAAAAAAGCAAGGAACUAGUGGCUUCUUUGGGUUUCUGAGCACUCUCUUCCCCUUCCGGUAUUUCUUCAAGAAGAGCAACCAGUGAGUCUUCUCGAUGCCCCACA